ACUUACCCACGGCCCCAUUCCUCACGGCCAUGGAGUCCCAGCGUGUGCUCUCAUCCUACCGAAAGCGUUUUAGCCACCAGGGUGCAUCCCCGUCCCCCUCAGGCCGCAUGAGCUCCGGCCGGUUGUCGCUCCACAGCAGCCCGCGGUUCGUCUCGCUGUCGAGUCCUGCCUCUCUGUCUGCCUCACGUCUGUCGCUGGGCGCUGGCACUACGGAGCGCCUGGACUUCUCCACCGACUCGCUGCUGAAGGCGCAGUACCGCGAGACACGUACCAACGAGAAGGUGGAGAUGAUGGGCCUGAACGACCGGUUUGCCAACUACAUUGAGAAGGUGCGCUUCCUCGAACAGCAGAACAAGGUGCUGGUGGCCGAGCUGAAUCAGCUGCGAGGCAAAGAGCCCAGCCGGCUGGGCGACAUCUACCAGGAGGAGCUCCGCGAACUACGCAGACAGGUGGAUGGCCUCAACGCCAGCAAGGCCCGCACAGAGAUAGACAGAGACAACCUGGCAGCAGAUGUGGCCCUGUUGAAACAAAGGCUUCAGGAUGAAAUUGCCCAGAGACAGGAGUCAGACAACAACCUGAAUGCAUUCAGACAAGAUGUAGAUGAUGCAGCCCUGAACAGGGUUCAGUUGGAGAGAAAGGUUGAAGCGUUGCAAGAUGAGAUUAGCUUCCUGAAGAAAAUCCAUGAGGAGGAGAUAAAGGAGCUGCAGGAACAGGUGAUGGCGCAGCAGGUGCACGUGGACCCAGAUGUGUCCAAACCAGACCUGACUGCUGCCCUCAGAGAGAUCAGGGUGCAGUAUGAAGCUAUGGCCUCAUCAAAUAUGCAGGAGACUGAGGAUUGGUACCGCUCAAAGUUUGCAGAUCUGACUGAUGCAGCCAAUCGGAAUGCAGAAGCCCUAAGACAGGCGAAGCAAGAAGCCAAUGAAUAUCGCCGGCAGAUUCAGGCCCUGAACUGCGACCUGGAGUCACUGCGAGGGACUAACGAAUCACUAGAGCGACAGCUGCGUGAGAUGGAAGAGCGUUUCUCCAUGGAGACGGCCGCAUACCAGGACACAGUGGCACGUUUGGAGGAGGAAAUCCAGGCUCUGAAGGAGGAGAUGGCCAGACACCUGCAAGAGUACCAGGACCUGCUCAAUGUCAAAUUGGCCCUAGAUGUGGAGAUCGCCACCUACAGGAAGCUCCUAGAGGGAGAGGAGAACAGAAUCACUGUUCCCGUGCAGAGUUUUGCCAACCUGCAUUUCAGAGAAACCAGUUUGGACACUAAACUGAUUCCAGAGGCUCACGUGAAGAGGAGCAUUGUUGUUCGAACUGUCGAAACACGUGAUGGAGAGAUUAUAAAGGAGUCGACCACAGAGAGGAAGGACCUGCCAUAGUCACUCAGCUGCUAGUUCUGAUGGGAACCAGGAGAAGUGAGACGGAGGUGGACUCCCCCUUAUGUCUCGCUCUUCUCAGUACCCACGAUAACCAUUUCUAGCUUCAUUCUAGGGUUAAGGUUAGGGUUGUGUGCCCUGUGUUCAAAAUCCCCACAUCCUUUGCUGUUCUCUACUCAUUUACUCUACUUAUCUUUUCAUUAGCACCUGUUUGACAAAUUGAACACUCCUCUAACACUUUUACCAAAAGGCAAGUAGAUCUUUUAUCAAAUAGCUGAAAAGGAAUGUGAGACUGGAAGUGAGGCUGCAUGUUUAGCACUUGUGCUCAAAAGGGGCUUAAAAUCUAGCUGGUUACAGUGGAAGCUGGGAAUGAAGAUUGUGUUAAUUAACAUAGGUGCUAUUCAUUACAUUUACUUUUUGUUUAGAAAUGUUUUAGUUCAGUUCUUUAUAGUGGAGGAGUAGGUUAGGCAAUGUAGUUAAUGGUUCUGUGAAGUGGUCAGUGUGUAGGUAGGGCAGCUGCAGAAGAUGGGAGAGGUCGGGGUGCUAUAAAACAGCUGGAUCUUGGAAAACCGUCAAGUAAUUUGGUUGAGUCUGAGUGAGGUGAAUUUGUCAGAGGUGCUAGUACAUGACAGGAGGUUUAUGCACUUUUUCCUGACCUUGCCCCACUCAUUUUUUUAUUCCUCUAGUAACUCUUGACUUCAUUUGUCUCCUUGAAAAAUUUAAUGUUAGCUGUUGUAACUGGAGUAACUGAGAGUUGACUAAAGCAGACACUGGAAAAUUAUUUCUUGCUUCUUCCUCACUGUCUGCUGAGUCACAGACAUGGGCAUAUUGAUAAGGACUCCUUGAUAUGGGCUUAUUGAUAAGGACUCUUUGUUCCACUGUGCACAGACACACGCAUGCGCACACAUGCCCUCACACUCACUCACACUCAUGCCAUCUCACUGUCAAGGUGUCUGAGUGAUUGAGGGAACACAGAGUUGUUCAUUUCAAAGAUAACUUGGUGUGGAAAAAUAUGUGGAAAAAUGUGUGUGUGUGUGUGUGUGUGUGUGUGUGUGUGUGUGUGUGUGUGUGUGUGUGUGUGUGUGUGUGUGUAUGUGUGUGUGUGUGUACACAUGUCUGUCUGUAUAGAUGAAAGAAGGUGUUAUUUUGGCAGCAUGCCUCACUGGUGAGAGGGAUACAGUCACAUUAACAGAUUUGAUUACAGUUGUCUGACUAAUCUGACCCUUAAAGCACACUCUGCAUGAUUACCUGCAUAUAAUUCACCUGCAUGCAUGUGUGAUGCUUUAUGCUGUUUGUUUAUGCUGUAUUGUCUCUUAGUUUUCCCACCAUUCUCUCCCAGUUCUCUUAACUGCUCUUUAAUGACUGCUAGUCUGUUUUUUUUUGUCACUUAGUGUUUCAUAUAAUGCUGUUGUAACGUUGCUGCUGUCGUUUUUGUCUUAUCACGUUUACCAUUGUCCUGUGACUACUGAACUGUAUGUUAAUAAAAAGGUGACUUAGAGAAAUAAUUAAUUUUAGUUUAACUUUUUGUAAAUUGGUCAACUGCAUUAGUAAUAUGAAAAAUUGCAUUAGUAAAAAAAAAUAAAUACUUUUUCAUUA